UUAUUCCAAUCACGUGCCACGUAUUUAGCUUUUCGUGUAACAAGUUGAGCUGAUAUUUAUUUAGUGGCGAAAAAAAGAAACUAUCAAAAUUGCGGCUUUUUCGCGAGUGAUAAAAACACUCAGCGUUCAGUAACGAUCGUGCAAAAAACGCGUAAGAUUGACUCUUCCCUCAGCUCCUUUUCCCGUUUUAUUUAGUGUGCACACGUUAUUGAAAAACUAAGUAUCGAUGUUUUUAAAACUUUCAAUUUUUUUCAUAGGCAUUUUUUACCUCGUGUUUUUCCAUGAGAUUUCGGAGCUCAACAGGGACUUAAAUUGGGACUGAUGUUUUUCUUAAUUCAGUUUUGUAAUUAACUGCAGGUGCGCAUUUUACUAUAACUUAACAGUGCUUCGGUAUCAGCUCGCUUCCGUUUGGACAAUCAGUCUAGCCGGCGGUGUAACACGUGUGACAAGUUUGCCAAGUUUGAUCGAUUUCCCGCCCUCGCACUCGUCAACGGACUCCUACCUCGCGAAUGGCCGAUAUUCCCUCUGCUCAUGGAGUUCUUAAUCGGGGGCACAGCGGCCUCCACCGCCAUGCUCUUCACUAACCCCAUGGAAGUCGUGAAAACCCGAUUCCAGCUGCAAGGGGAGCUCAAAGCUAAGGGCUGCUAUCAAGUUCAUUACAGAAAUGUUGUACACGCAUUCUACAUCAUCGCCAAGACCGAUGGUAUUUUGGGGCUGCAAGGCGGUCUCGGACCUGCGAUGGGGUACCAAAUGGUAUUGAAUGGUAUGCGGUUAGGAAUCUUCCAAGUGGCCGAGGAGAAGAAAUGGCUCGCUGGUCCAACGGGAGAAAUCUCCGUCCUUAAAACUCUUGGAUUCUCUGUGCUUGCUGGCGGUAUCGGCGGCUUCAUCAGCAGCCCAUUCUACAUGAUCAAAGUGCAGUUGCAAGCGAAAGCAAACGAGGCAAUCGCCGUGGGACACCAGCACGGGCAUGAAAGUGCGACAAGUGCCCUCGUUGCUAUUUUCAAGGAGCACGGUGUGAGAGGGCUGUUUCGCGGGAGCACGGCAGGGAUUUGCAGGAUAGUCGUUGCCACUUGUGCUCAAUUCCCCUCCUUCAAUCUCUGCAAGGAGUAUCUCAGGAAGCAUCAGAUUUUUUCGACAUCGGGAGGAUUUUUAGACUCGUGUGUCGCAGCCAUGGUUGGAGGUGUAUCUGUUACAUUCUUUAUGCUCCCUUUUGAUGUGGUUGCGACCAGGUUUUACAACCAGGGAGUCGAUGCGAGCGGAAGAGGCAUCCUAUACAAAAAUAUCAUCGAGUGCAUGGUACAAUGCUUCAAAAAAGAAGGACUCACCGGUCUCUACAAAGGUUUCGUGCCUUGUUACUUCCGGCUCGGACCUUACAACCUUCUCACAUUCGUUUUCUGGGACAUUCUUAAAGAUAUGCAGAAAAAAUACUUACCCCCGGCGGAAUCCAAACGCAGCUGAUGAUUCAAACUUGGUUUUCCGAAUUUGUGACUUACUCAGGGAGGGGAGCCAAGCCCAUAAUCAAGUUGUUGAUACAAUGGGGAAAAAAACACAUUGGAUCUAGAGUCCAGACUCUUGAAAACAUUGACAAGAAAAAAUACCCUUGAUUCAAUCGGAUUUUUGCUUGAAUCGAAACGAAUUCCGCUUAAAUUAGGAGGCUUGGUUCUUGAUUUAAACUAGAUUCUGAUUGAAUCAAGAGUACUUUUUCUUGUCGAUGUUUUUAAGAGUCUGGACUCUAGAUCCAAUGUGGUUUUUUUUUCCAGUGUACUAUCGCAGAGAGGAGUUCUGUUAACAUGAAGUUCUGCUGUCCCUAGGGCAUGAAGAUGAUAAGCGUUAUUCGACUUUUUAGAAUGCUCUGUUUCUACAGAUCCAAGUCAGCUCAAGUCAAUUUCAGCUGGGUCAGUCGUCACCUGGCUGAGCCUAGGCUUGAGGCUGCUUCUGUUUUGGUGCACAUAUUGAUACAAAUUUUGAUUUUUUUACUGUGCAUUUUACUUAUACUUUCUUAAUUUGUUUGGAAA